AUGCUUCAACAAAAGCAAGAAAAAAAUACAAAUUCUUCAAGGUCUGAACAAAAAUGUAGAAUUUAUUUGGGCGCCUUCCAAUGUAAUGAGAAAGUCGUCAAAAUUGCUAUAGAUGCAACAAAAAAUAACAAUAUAAACAUGCUUCCAGAAAUUCCACACACAGACCACAAAUCCAAAAACAAAGAACACAUAAACCAACAAUGGCAAACAAUAUGGGAUACACAAGACACAAAAUUACAAGAAAUAAAACCAAUACCGCAUUCACUACUAUAUAGAGAUAUUCCACCUGGCAGAAGAGAUCAAAGUGUUAUCAGCAAACUUUGGUUAGGAGACACAAAAAUCGCACCCCAACAUAUAUUUAGAAAAGAAGAACCUCCGACUUGUGACCAGUACCCUAAACCUGUGACAGUGAAAUAUUUAUUGAGUGCCAAAAAUACCAAAUAG